AUGAAGUGGUUUCUACUGCUGAUGGGUGCUAUCUGCACCACCUGCUUAGAGGAAAAAAACGCCAAAAACGAUGACAAUAAUGUGGUGUACCUAAUAAACAAUCUCGGUAACAGUUUCGGUAAUAAUGAGGCUAAAAAGGGAUAUAAAUAUGGUUCUGAUUUGUUUCAACCAGUUCCAUUCUAUGGAGUGUACUUUAGGCCAGUUGAUGGAAAGCCUUUGGAUAAAGCUCAAAAACUAAUAGUCCCUCCUUCAGUUAACCGGCAAAAACGAAGUGCUAAAGGAGAAGGUAAAAGUAGUGGUAACACAGGAGGUUGUGUCUAUAAACACAAUCCAUUUUUGAAAACUUAUUGUAAUGGUGGACACAAUUCGGGUAAGAGUGGUGGAGGAGGCAAAAAGAAAUCUACAGCCGUAGUAUAUGUUUAUGUAAAUGUGAAUUAA